UUAACUUCCUUGUAUGAUCUCAAAACUAUGUCUAAUUUGCUAGAAACAACUCUUAUAAUCGAAAGUCAACAUAAAUAUAGGAACAAAGAAACGAAUCUAAACAAUAGCAGAUGGAGCAAUACAUAUAGCCAGUCGUUUUUAAAUUCAUAAUAAGCAAUACUGGUGAGGAGCUAUGCUUUGUGUUUAUGGAAUUUUACACUGCUGAUUUUCAAUUUGUUAUUGCAGCAAAUUUCAUGAAUUCAGAGCUGACAGAUAUUCAUUUUCAUAAAAUGAAAAUGAUAACAGUAUGUUAGCUAUUCGAACAUUCAACAGUUAGAAGAAAUUAAUUGUUAUUCUUUCAUAAUGGCGAGAAUAUAAGCCAAGUGAAAAAGUGAAAGUAUUUUCAAUAUAUUACGUGUCCCACUGGGAUAGAUUUAUUCAGACAUCAGUGAUGCAUCUAAACACAUAUCUAUUUUAAUACCCCACUACAAUGAGUAACAGCACUCGCGAAGCUCAGGAAUUGUUACGCUUAUUUAAAUGUGUCGUCGACACAGGCACUGACGUUCUCGCUGCUUUUGCUAAAGUUAAACUUUUACCAACAUUCAACGGAAAUUUUAAACAAUUUCUUGAUGAUAAAAAACAUGAAAUAUUUCACCUCUGGCAAUCUAAAAAGCUAUCAUGUUGUGAGUGUCCACCAGCCGGUUACAACUUUAAACGUAAGAGUCAUAUGGAUAACUGGAUAUUUAAAAAGAUUUAUGAUGAUAGUGGUCCUGAGGAAAGGAGACAUAUUAUCCGUAAUAGCGGAAAUGUUGUGCAAGUAUGUCUACACAAAUAUAUCACACGAAAUAUUGCAAUUGACGAGCUUGAUAUUAGUGUAAUAUCGUUUCUUCUUCGGAAUUUGUCAGUAUUAUCCCAAAACGAGACCAGUUCAUUGGAUACGAUUACCACAACACGAAGUCAGAUUUGUCAUGCUUAUUCAAUGAACUGCCUUCCAUUGAUUUUCCUGAAUACAGCAUGGACUGCAUUAGAGAAUGUUUUAGUAGACCUGGCGGAUCCUUCGUACAAAGGGAUGACCCGAAAACAAAUCAAGUACUUGCGCAAAGUAGAUUUAGAGAAGGAAGAAAUAACAGAAUUGACGAAACACGUUGAGGAGCUGAAUAUUGUAUUGCAUGAAGUAUUUGACAUACAGAAAGUAAACAACGGUAUAAUCAAAAAUGGAUUUACAAAUUGUGAAAAUCAGAUCUUAAAAGCCAAAAAAGAAAUAAUCCAGAACACAGAUAAGAAAUUAGAAAGUUCCAAGUAUAGUAUGGACGAAACGAGUAGUGAAGAAGUGUAUGCUCAACAAGAAGCAAAACCAAAGAGAAAGUCUGAAGAUAUAAGGCACAUUCGCGCUAUCUGUCAUGUCGAAGGUGAAGAAUUAGAUGAACAGUCAGCUGUGCAGUUGUUGCCGGAAAACAAACAUAGUUUUCCCCCAGACAUGUGCUUUAAGAUUAAUAAAGCCGAGAAAAGGUGCCUCCUUCUAGAGUUAAAAGCAACUUCAAAAAAUUAUCAAGACAUAGAAUCGUUUCGAAUGGCUUUGAGGGUAUUGAUUAUUCAAAUUGCUCUUGCUGGGAAAAUUGUUAUCAACAAACCAAGUACAAUAACUUUGAAGUUGAUAUUCAACUAGAGGCUCUCAAGAGCCUGUGUCGCUCACCUGAUUCUACUUUGGAUUUGGAAAUCAUGUAAAAAUAGAUUAAAAUCAUAACAGAUACCCUAAUAAUGAGUGAUAGGCCAAAUUUGGUUUAAUAUUGGUCCUGUAAUUUAAUAAAAAAUCCUGGUGGCCAUCUUGAACAGUAAAUCGGCAACAAAGUAGCAACACUUCAUCAGCACCUCAUAAGAAACAUUUAUGCCAUGUUUUGGUUUCAUUCCAUUCAGUGCACCUCUAGAAGAAGCAUUUGUAUGUAUUUCCCAUAGGGUCUUAUGUUAAAGGAAGUCCCCCCAUUGGCGGCCAUCAUGG